AUGGACGCCUUCCAGAAAAAGACACUGAAGACCUCGCGAGGGUACACGUACACUUACUACGUGGCUAACGGCGAUAAGUCACUCCCAACUCUCAUCUUCCAUCAUGGCUGGCCUGACCAUGCGGCAAUGUGGAAAGAUGUUGCCACAGGCCUCCGGUCAACCAACCAUGCCAUGAUCAUCCCAGACAUGCUUGGUUAUGACGGUACAGACAAGCCAACCGAUCCCGCGGAAUACCGAUUCGACAAGAUAACGAAAGAUAUCACCGAGAUACUCGAUGCCGAAGGCUCGCCAAAGGUUGUCUCAAUUGGUCACGACUGGGGCUCGGAGGCCGCUUCUCGCCUGUACAAUUUUUAUCCUGAUCGAGUCGUUGGCCUUGUUAACCUUAACAUUCCGUACAUGCCUCCCACCGGUGAUGAAUUCGACCUUGACAAGCUCAACGCCGUAACCAAAGAGAACCUUGGCGUAGCGCUGUUUUCCUACUGGGAAGUUUUUGCCGCCCCAGACGGUCCCAAGCUGCUGUACGAAAACCUUGAACGCACAUACCGUGUGCAGCACGGUGAAGGAAAAACAUUGACCGAGAUUUGGACUGUUCCCAACGCGAUGAGGGAAUACCUCAUCAAUGGCGGUCACGAACACGGUUUGCGCCCGUACGCCCAGGAUCCAGUGUUCAAGAAGACGUUCAUCGACCGUAUGACGCGCGAUGGCUUUGAGGGCCCACAGUGCUGGUAUGUCGCUAAGAAAGACAAUCAUCAGAGUGCAAGCGACAAGAUCUUGCCUCCUGAGAGCAAGGUGGUCAAUGUGCCGGCAUUGUACCUCGGGUGCAAAGAUGACCCUUUUUGUCGGCCGGAGAUCAUAGCGCCGUACAAGGCAGAGUUAUUGCCGCAAUUGGAGGAAGCGGAGGUGAUUGAUGCGGCGCAUUGGGUAUCAUACGAGGCGCCUGACGAUGUUGUGACGAGGAUCGCGCCGUGGUUGAAGAAGAACUUCGGGCAGCCAGAGAACGCCUGCAGGGAUGUAGAAAAUUCGGCUAUGCAAAGGUCAAGGUAG